CCUCGCCUCGCCGCUCCCGCCACCCCCACCGCCACCGCUCGCGCCCCAGAGGCUGGGAACUUCGAGGAGUAGGAUCCAUGGAGGGUGGAGGCGCAGGAAAUGGCUCGACUGGGGCGCCGCGGACAGAGGGGAGUGGGGGUGACGCUGCCUCCGCCGGGAAACCGCUGCCCCCUUGCUGCGUCAAGGCCAGGGCCGCGGCGCCUGAAUCCGAGGCCAAGUGCCACGCCACGGUGGUGUCCGGGUGGUUCACCGAGCCCCGCUCGCGCGGCGGUAAAACGAGCAAAGUGCAGUAUUACAACAACCCGAUGUGGCCAGGGGAGGCCCAUUCAUUGAAAGUGGAGAAGAUCUUGUAUCAGGGGAAAUCACCAUAUCAAGAAGUUUUAGUUUUUGAGUCUUCAACAUAUGGGAAAGUCCUUGUCCUUGAUGGUAUUGUCCAAUUGACUGAUAAGGAUGAAUGCGCAUACCAGGAAAUGAUUACUCACCUUCCACUUUGCUCAAUUCCGUCCCCAAAGAAAGUUUUGGUUAUUGGAGGUGGUGAUGGUGGCGUCCUUCGGGAGAUAUGUAGACAUGCUUCUGUGGAGUCAAUUGACAUAUGUGAAAUUGAUCAGCUAGUUAUUGAUGUCUGUAAAGAUUUCUUCCCUGAUUUAUCUGUUGGAUUCAAAGAUCCUCGUGUUCAGCUUCAUGUCGGUGAUGCUGUAGAGUUCUUAAAGAAUGCUCCUGAAGGGACAUAUGAUGCUAUUAUUGUUGAUUCAUCAGAUCCAAUUGGGCCUGCACAGGAACUUGUGGAGAAGCCAUUUUUUGACACGAUCGCUAGAGCUUUGAGGCCAGGUGGUGUUCUUUGUAAUCAGGCUGAGAGCAUGUGGUUGCAUACACACUUGAUCCAGGACAUGCUUUCAAUCUGCCGUGAGACAUUUAAGGGUUCUGUCCACUAUGCCUGGACGAGUGUCCCGACAUAUCCCAGUGGUGUGAUUGGGUUUCUGCUAUGUGCCAAAGAAGGUCCACCGGUGAACUUUCUGACUCCUGAAAAUCCCAUUGAGAAACUGAAAGGAGCUAUGGAAGCAGGAAGGGACAUAAGAUUUUAUAAUUCAGAGAUGCAUAAGGCUGCAUUUGUUCUUCCAACCUUUGCAAGGAGAGAGCUAGAGUCAUAUUGUACUACUACCGAAAGGGAACAACCAGAGGAAGCUGCCGCUGAGCCUCUGAAGAUGGCCAUUAUGCCGAACAGCGAGAUUCUUACGGCUUCGUAGAUCGGGUUUGCCUGCUCACGCUGUCACACACCAUGGCAGAUCAAGAAACCAUUUCUUCACCCCUAGCGUUGGACUGGAUCUAGUCUUGUAUUAUUAUUAUUAGAUAUAAUAGCAAUUACACGAAGAAGUGGGCGUUACGGCCAACGCGUCAAUGAGACUUAGAGACUUGUAAUCCAUCUUCUCAGCUGUUGAGAUGAGGCUUAAUAAAGUAGAGAUGAUUAUUACGGAGUACCUGACAAGAGAUGGCCUUUCGAUGGUUGCAGCAUAUUGUACGUAUCUAACAUAAACUUUUGCAACUUGUGCCAGCUUAUUUUAGUAGCCAGGUUGUGUCACUUGUGUGUGAUUUGCAAAGCCUAGGGCGUGAGUUUAUCCACGCCGUUGUAUGAUUCUUGUCACGUGCCGAGGCAGGUGACUGAACAAAUUAAAAAAAGUAUAGGAAUUAUCUUAGUGGUUUAAAAGUCAAGAAUUAAUUUGAAAAAUAAGUUCCAAGAUAUAAAUUUUG